UGGUCCAAGUUAAUGUCCAAGUCAUUCUUUCUUAAACAUCAUGUAUAAAAUUAUAAAUUAAAAUAUAUACUUGAGUAAUUAAAUAAAAUAAUUAAUUAAAAUAUAAUUAACGACGUCUUAUUACAAGCGACAAAAUGACGAUCGCGAGUAAGAUGGAGGUCGACGAUAAGGUCAUGAAGGGCGAAGGUUUUAAACAAUAUUAUAUUACUAAAAUAGAGGAAUUACAAUUGAUUGUUUCGGAGAAGGGUCAAAACUUACGUCGAUUACAAGCUCAGCGAAAUGAACUCAAUGCUAAAGUGCGUAUGUUACGUGAAGAAUUACAAUUACUCCAAGAACAAGGUUCUUAUGUCGGAGAAGUCGUUAAACCAAUGGAUAAAAAGAAGGUAUUAGUAAAAGUACACCCAGAAGGCAAAUUUGUCGUCGAUUUAGACAAAAACAUUGACAUAAAUGAUGUAACACCAAACUCGCGUGUUGCCUUGAGAAAUGAGAGCUACACACUUCACAAAAUUCUUCCCAAUAAAGUUGAUCCGUUGGUAUCGCUGAUGAUGGUUGAAAAAGUACCCGACUCAACCUACGAGAUGGUCGGAGGUCUUGACAAACAGAUAAAAGAGAUAAAGGAAGUCAUUGAACUGCCGGUUAAGCAUCCGGAAUUAUUUGAUGCUCUGGGAAUCGCACAGCCGAAGGGUGUACUUUUGUACGGGCCACCUGGUACUGGUAAGACUUUGCUCGCGCGAGCGGUUGCUCAUCACACAGAGUGUACGUUCAUCAGAGUCUCCGGAUCCGAGCUGGUGCAGAAAUUCAUCGGAGAAGGAUCGCGUAUGGUCCGCGAGCUGUUCGUGAUGGCCCGCGAGCACGCGCCGUCAAUUAUUUUUAUGGAUGAAAUCGAUUCGAUCGGUAGCUCGCGUAUCGAGUCGGGAUCUGGAGGAGAUAGCGAAGUACAGCGCACGAUGUUGGAGUUACUGAACCAACUUGAUGGUUUUGAAGCAACUAAAAAUAUCAAAGUUAUUAUGGCUACCAAUCGUAUUGAUAUUCUUGACCCAGCUUUGCUACGUCCUGGUAGAAUUGAUCGUAAAAUUGAAUUCCCACCACCAAAUGAAGAAGCCAGACUUGAUAUUUUGAAAAUUCAUUCAAGAAAAAUGAAUUUGACACGUGGAAUUAAUUUAAGGAAAAUCGCUGAACUUAUGCCUGGGGCUUCCGGUGCUGAAGUCAAGGGAGUUUGCACAGAAGCAGGAAUGUACGCACUUCGUGAACGCCGUGUUCAUGUCACUCAAGAAGAUUUCGAAAUGGCUGUUGCCAAAGUCAUGCAAAAAGACUCGGAGAAGAAUAUGUCCAUCAAAAAAUUGUGGAAAUAAUUUUUACACCAUUUUUCUGACUGUUUUCAUUAUAAAAAAUGAGUGUGGAUGUAGCAGACAUCAGACAAAUUUUAAAUUAUAAAUAGAGUAAAUAAUUUAAAAAAUAUAUUUUUUUUUUAACUUUAUUUAUGUCGCUUUGUGACAUCUAGGUCAUCAGCGACUACAAGUUAAAAAAGACUAUUCUAUCUUGUUGGUAUCCAUCGCACUCGAUCAUUAGGUGUAUAAUGGAAAAAACUAUUCAAUUUAUUAAUAAUUUAAAAUUUGUCUGGUGUCUGCUACAGUCACGCUCAUAAUAAAAAUACUUUUAAUAAUUUCAAAUCAUAAUAUUCAAUAAAACAAUUACUAUAAAAUAACA